AUGCUGCUCCAAAUAUCACACACAGAUAUUUUGCGAACCUCGUUUGUUGAUUGCGCCACGGGCGCCGUAGCCUUUCGCACCAAUACGUACCAUCCACAACGCGCUCGGUCAGGCUCUUGCUCCUCUGCCAGCUCUUCCAGCUCUAGCGCAUUGCAGGAACAGUUAUCUGGAGACAAUAACGUAGAUCGAGUGACGUCCUUGGAGGACGCGUAUGGAAAUAUUCUCGCUGAGAUCACCUGGGAUGGCGCGAAUGCGUCCCUCAUACGCGUCGGGGACGACUUGAUCAAGGGCACCGCAGAACUCUUCGAUGCUGCGUUCGUAAAGAUAUUCCCCGACGCCACUCUCUUCCCCACUCGGCUGGAGUAUACGUGGCGAAUGACUCGAGACGAUCUCUUGCUUCUGGAUGAUGACGAAGAGGUCGUCGGCAAGCUCCAUCAAAAUCAAAUUCAAGACGAUCUAAAACUGGCGCCUGCGCCAUCCUCAAAGAUUGGGCACGAUUACCUGGAGCUGAAUACGCUUCCAGAAGACGAGCUUCCAGAGAUGCUCGUUUGCUACCUCCUUCUAUGCACACUUCGUGAACGCAUGUACUCCAUCACCCGAUUUGUCUAUGGCCAGCCACAGAAAACCGAUCCAAUCGCGAAGCUCCGACGGGGUGCGACCCGUAGCAUCGCAAACCUGCGCAACCGGUUCCGUCGUCGCAAGGCGCCAAAUCAUUGA